ACACUAACACUAGUUCCCUCCUUCACCAAAGCCUUAGCAUUUCAGAGAGAAACAGUGUUUCCCUGCAAUGGGUCCAAAGCUUUGUGGUGAUGUGGAGGAUGGUGGAACUGGCCGUGGAACUAAGCCUAUUUGAACAAUACCCACCUUUUCCUAUUUCUAAUAAGCCUGAAAAUUUCUUAGCUAGGAAAAGAGAGCAAGCUAGUUUUUUGAAGCUUAAAGCAAAAUUUCAGAAGUAGCUACUUUCAAUUUGUUAUGUUCCUGUGGAUGGAGUUCCUUCAUUUGGUGGUUAGAGUCAUGGAUGUUUCUUGCUUCUAUGCCUUUUAUAGCUUAUAUGGCUCCUAUCAUCUCAAAGGUGCUAAUGGUUCAAAAGAAAUAAUCUGGUAACAGAAGCCCUUUCGCCAAUGGCAAUUGUGUUUGAAAUUCUCCCUCUUGCUGUGAAUCAAGAAGCAGAAAAUAUUUCUGUUGAGUGGCUAAACCAUUCCGGAUUGCAACUCUGGAAUUUUAUUGGUUCGGGAUAUUGACCAAGCUUUCCUGAUACCAGAUAGACCUGAUAAAUAGUGUUAGGCCUUGUUGUGGAAGCAAAUCUCCUUUGGCAGUGUAACCUCAAUCUUGGAAGAGGAAAUUUUCUCUCCCUUUUGCAAUUAUUUAUGUUUGAAGAUUCAGCUGUACUGAGCAAAUCUCCUUUGGCAAAAGUUACUUAAUUUCCUUUGGUUGGAUUCCAGUUUGUAAAAAUAUAUGAAAUACAACUUUUGCCUUCUGCAAAAGUAUUACCAUUCAGAAGUACUUUCUGUUGGAACUCAACCCUUUCAGUAGGGCAAAUCUCCUUUGGCAUCUUUUGAUUGUCGUGGUCUGCUUCCUCAAAUAACUAGAAAUUAUCCAUCCGGUAAACCAACCAAAAAAAUCAAGAGUUUCUUUGACAUUCUGUUCCAAAUUGGGAUAUCUCUUUUGGCAUUUUGGGGUCCUUGAUUGAUUCCUAUUACUCAAUCGGGCAAAUCUCCUUUGGCAUCAGAUCUCCAAUUUCAGUGAUCAAUAUAAUCUUUUGGAGAUUCUGACUAUCUGUGACAGAAAGUAGUAUCAAUCAGAGAUAUUUUGUAUUACACACAAUUAUCCAUUGAACUGAUUGAAGGCAAUAUCAUCAUAUCUAUUGUGAUCACAAUACAUACACUCUGGGUUAAUUUGCUUGAGGAGGUCUCAUUCAAAGGAAAAAUUUUACAGCGUUAAAUCUACCUCCGCAUUAACAGUUUGUGUCCUUUCUCCUCAACAUACCACUUAGCACUUGGUGAAGAAUAAUUCUGAUUCCAUCUAUUUUAGAAUCUGGUACAUAAUUGAUGGAUCCUAUCACUAGUGAUUCGGACUGGGAGACUUCCAGUGACAGCAGCAGCAGCGAGGAUCAAGAGGAAAUUGAUUUUCUGUAUGGUGGGAAAGCUCAGAGCAUUCUAUCAAGUUUAGAGGAAAGCAUUGGAAAGAUUGAUGACUUUCUUUCAUUUGAAAGAGCAUUUGUUCUUGGGGAUGUGGUGUGCUCUUUGUCAGACCCAUCUGGACAAAUGGGUAGGGUCAUAAAUGUUGAUGUGUUUGUGGAUUUGGAAAGUGUUAAAGGAAAAAAAGUAUUUAAAAAUGUGAACUCCAAGAAGCUUUUGAAGAUUCGCUCCAUUUCAGAAGGUGAUUAUGUAAUUAAGGGGCCAUGGUUUGGUCGGAUUCAAAGGGUGGUGGACAAAGUCACUGUAUUGUUUGAUGAUGGAGCUAAAUGUGAUAUCAUUGCCUUGGAAAAAGAGAAGAUUUUAUCACUGACUCGUAAUUUUCCUGAAGAUUCGCAGUAUCCAUACUAUCCAGGGCAGAGAGUAAAGGUUAUGUCCAAUGCUUCUAAAUCAGCUAGAUGGCUAUGUGGCACUUGGAGUGACAAUCAAGAUGAAGGAACUGUUUGUGAUGUGGAAGCAGGCUUGGUGUAUGUUAACUGGCUUGCAUCUGUUCUUGUGGGUUGCAAUUUGAAUGCAAAUGCUCCCCAAUGCUGGCAAGAUUCUAAGAACUUGAAUGUAUUAUCAUGUUUUUCACAUGCAAACUGGCAGCUUGGGGAUUGGUGCAUGCUCUCAGUUGCUGACCAAAAGGAACAGAUUAUUCAACAUAUGCCUAAAAGUGAUCUUACAAUGGAGCAUUGUAUGACAAGAGGGUAUGAGAGAAGUAACCUUAACUCUUACAUUGGUGACUUGUUUAUAAUUGGGAAGAUAAAGACCAAAGUUGAUAUUGUGUGGCAAAAUGGUGAAUGUACUUUGGGAUUGGAUCCAGAGAAUUUGCUCCCAGUGAAUGUUAUGAACAAUCAUGAAUUUUGGCCUCACCAGUUUGUGCUGGAAAAAGGUGCUUCUGAUGAUCCUCUUAAGCCUUGCAGUCAAAGAUGGGGUGUCGUCCAAUGUGUGGAUGCAAAGGAGCGUAUCGUAAAGGUAGAAUGGAAAACUGUUUCCAUAUCCGACCCUGAUAAUUUGGAUGAAGACAAAAUGGAGGAAACUGUGAGUGCCUAUGAACUUGUAGAGCACCCAGACUACUCCUGUUUUUUUGGUGAUAUUAUGUUCAAGGCGGCUCAAAAACAGCUUGGUCACCAAGCUGAUAAAGAAAAGGAAAAGUCAGUGCCUAACUUGAAUAUGGAGGUUGCUCCCAAAACCAGGAACCAAAUGAGUUAUCAGGAUGAGUUCCCUGAUAAUUAUUUCCUGAACUGUAUUGGCAAUGUUACUGGUUUCGAUGAUGGGUAUGUGGAGGUGAAAUGGGCUACUGGUUUCACUACCAAGGCUUCACCUAAUGAAAUUUAUCGGAUUGAUAAACAUGAAGGUUCAACUGUUACACCCGCUUUUUAUGAGACAAAUGUUGAAGAGUUAACUCAAGAGAUGAUUGAACAUGGAAGCCUACCUUCUGACCAGAAGAGAAAGGACUUGUUAAAUGAUGAUAGAAAUAUAGAGAAUUGUGAAAACUAUCUUGGGGAGUGUAGUUCUUUUUCCCUUCCUCGAGCUACCUUUGAACUUUUCUCCAGCAUAAAAGCCAGCAUAUUCCAAACACUUGGUGAAAAUUCACUUUCAGGAGCAGCUUCCUCAGUAUCUCCAUUUGGAAAGGAUAAUGAAUCAGACUUUCUUGAUAAGAAAGAUUUGGAGACUUGUAACCUCUAUGCUGAACAAGAUCCAAUGAUUGAGUUGCAGUCUCCUGAAGACAAAACAUCAUAUCCAGAAGUUAUUAAGAUUCAUGAGAAGAAUGAUUUUCCAUUUUCUUUAGACAACAACAAUUCAAACCAGUUUAAGCAGUUUGAUAUCAUAGAAAAUUGCUGUGAUCACCAUUUUCAUGAUGAGGGAAAAGUGUUGUCAUUAUCACAGGUAAAAAAAGGUUGGGUGAAAAAGGUUCAGCAAGAAUGGAGCAUCCUCGAAAAAAAUCUUCCUGAAACUAUAUAUGUUCGUGUGUUUGAAGAAAGAAUGGAUCUCAUGCGAGCAGCUAUUGUUGGUGCAUCUGGAACACCUUAUCAUGACGGGGUGUUUUUCUUUGAUAUAUGCUUCCCUCCUGAGUAUCCCACUGAACCUCCUAUGGUGCACUACAAUUCUGGUGGACUCCGAUUAAAUCCUAAUUUAUAUGAGUCAGGGAAAAUCUGUCUGAGUCUCCUAAACACUUGGACAGGCACAGGCACUGAAGUGUGGAACCCUGGAGCCUCCACUAUUCUUCAAGUCCUUCUCUCCCUUCAGGCCCUUGUCCUUAACGAGAAACCUUAUUUCAAUGAGGCUGGAUAUGACCAACAAAUUGGUAGAGCUGAGGGAGAGAAAAACUCCAUCAGUUACAAUGAAAAUGCUUUCCUUGUCACAACCAAAUCGAUGCUAUAUCUUAUAAGAAAGCCUCCAAAGCAUUUUGAGGCACUGGUUGAAGAGCACUUUAGAAAACGCUCCCAACAUAUACUUCUUGCUUGCAAGGCAUAUCUUGAAGGGGCUUCAAUUGGAUGUGCUUUUGGUUGUGCGAAAACCGAACAUGAAAACCGGAAGGGGACUUCAACAGGAUUUAAAAUUAUGCUUGCUAAGCUCUUCCCCAAGCUUGUAGAGUCUUUUUCUGAUAGGGGAAUUGAUUGCAGUCAAUUUGUUGAUCUUCAAAAACAACCUUUUGCUACUAAGUUGUAAGUAACUGUCAAAUUUCCCGACCAAGAUAUUCCAAUCUUAUGUUUAAUAUCAUAUGUUUACACGUAUCAGUUUAAUAUCAAUUUAAUAUGUGGGUUUUGUACUUUGGUGGUUUGGUAAUAUGUUGAUCAAUCAAUCAACAUAACAGACUUGUGCUCGUGGCAUGUGUAUGUAUCACAUCGUGGCUUGUAGAUGUAAAAUAUGAAAUAAGAAAUACAAUGAUUGG